AUGCUAUGAGACUUCAGCUUCAGCAGGAACAGACAAAAAUCUUAGAAGGGUAUCAUCAUCUUCUGUUAAGAUGGAAAAUUGCCUCUUUGGCAAUAGCAGUAUUUAUGGGAUAAUUAACUUAUCCACAGGAUCGUCCUUGUAUCCCUCCUCUUUUAUAAUGUCUUUUGAGAGGACAGGCAAGUAAUUCAAAGAGCAAAACUUAUUUUUAGGUUUAGUCUGAGCCUGAAAUAAACUGAGAAGGCUGAGUAGUGUUACGAUAAACAGGGAGUAAAAAAGAGACAGGAAAUAGGGGGUCUUUAGUAAUGAGUUCCAGCCACUCUUGAAACAGAAAGCCAGAGAAAGCAUUACUUGAAAAUAGUUUCUCAGUGACAGCUUAAUAAUUUUUAGCUUGUUAUUCAACAUUAAAAGGGAACAGUUUCUGCAGAUUUAUACUAUUCUUGAAAGAUCUUUUUUAAAGAUCAUUUAGCAACUUAUUUUUUUGAUGUUUUUAGAGUCGCAUUGUUCUUGUUGCUAACCGAUCUGCUGUUUAAAAAAACCAGAUGUUUGGGGGAGAGUCCGAAGUUUAUACAGUUGUGUGUUAUGUAUACAUCUGCGAGAAGCAUUUGGGAUAAGACUGUGGGACAGAGGCAGAAGAUUUAGCUUAAAAUGUGAAAACACUUUCAAGAUUUUAGAAGUUGAGGGUUUAAAGGGGAAGAAGUCACAGCUAUAUCCUGUAGAACAAAGUAGUGCGCUUGCUUCCAAAAGUUUCUUUUAACCCUGGGAAUGUGACUGCUGAGAUGGGCCCAAAGCAUGGAUGGUGAGAUUGAUAUUUACAAGCACUUCACGUGGCUAAAGAGGUCACAGGUGAAUCAUCAUUCAUCUAAUAAUGAAACUUAUCAAGAAAGAUUGGCACGAUUAGAAGGUGAUAAAGAGUCGCUCAUACUGCAGGUGAGUGUUCUUACAGACCAGGUAGAAGCUCAAGGAGAGAAAAUCCGGGACUUAGAAAUCUGUCUUGAGGGGCAUCAGUUGAAACUGAAUGCUACAGAAGAAAUGCUUCAACAGGAGUUGCUGAGUCGAACAUCACUAGAGACUCAGAAAUUAGAUCUAAUGGCUGAAGUUUCAGACCUGAAGAUUAAGCUGGUUGGUAUGGAAAAGGAACAGAGUGAAUAUGAAGAGAAACAGAACAAAGCUGAGGGUUUGCUACAGGAACUUAGACACCUCAAAAUUAAAGUAGAAGAACUGGAAAAUGAAAGAAAUCAAUACGAGUGGAAAUUAAAAGCAACUAAAGCUGAGAUAGCCCAGCUUCAAGAGCAAUUAGCUCUCAAGGACGCAGAAAUAGAACGCUUACAAUGUCAGCUAUCUAGGACCUCAUCACAUAGUGAAGUGGCAGAAAGAGAGGAAGUUUAUAGGAGAAGGCUAAAAGAAAAACAUCAAGAAGUUCAACGGUUGAAGAUAGGAAUGGAAUCAUUAUUGGCUGCAAAUGAAGAAAAGGACCGUCGAAUAGAGGAGUUAACACUAUUGCUAAGCCAGUACAGGAGGGUGAAAGAGAUAAUGAUUGCAGCUCACGGCUCUUCUGUCUCUGGUGGCAGUGAAGAGGAACUUGAGACAACUUUAAGGAAGUGGAAUCUUUUGAAUAAUCCUCAAGGAGAAUUAUUUAAAACAGAGGUCUCUUCAGGAGAAUUGUCACCAGCUGUGCUCUCUCCAGUGCCACACAAAGCUAUGGAAAUCAGUGGAAGCAUUCCAGUAUCUUCAACUAAUUUAACCUCUCCACAAGAAGAAUCUUUGGAAAUCAUAAACAGGGUUCCACAGAAAAAAAAGUCAAGUAGUUUAGAAGACUUGCAGAGUGAAUCCCUGGAAAAGUAUGUAGACGGAAAACCAGUACAGCCUGUUGUAGAACAAGAGAGUAAGCCACUUGCUAAAGGCAGCAAGUAUCAAACUUUGCCAGGAAAGCUGCCUCGACCCUUACAGAAUGGAGAGCAGGGAACAUACAAUUCACCAGAUGGCUGUGGCAUGAAUGACAAUGAGGACAACAGCAUCCGGGGCCUGAAUCGCAUCAGGAGUGUCAGUGCACCAGUGCUAGGAGAAACAGAGAAUGUGGAUGGUACAGUAGUCUCGGAUGACCUUUCACCUCUUUCUUCGGGAACGGAUUCAGGUCCACAGUCUCCGGAAAACAGAAAGAGUCCAAAAGGGAUCAAGAAAAUCUGGGGAAGAAUAAGAAGAACUCAGUCAGGUAACUUCCCUGCAGACGAUCUGGGUUUGGCAGAGUUUCGAAGAGGUGGUCUCCGUGCAACAGCUGGACCUCGGUUAUCCAGAUCAAAGGAAACCAAAGGCCAGAAAAGUGACUACAAUGCUCCGUUUGCUCAGUGGAGCACUGAAAGAGUUUGUAACUGGCUUGAGGACUUUGGUCUCGGUCAGUAUGUCAUUUUUGCACGGCAGUGGGUGACUUCAGGCCAUACGCUGUUAACUGCGACACCUCAGGACAUGGAAAAGGAAAUGGGAAUAAAGCACCCACUGCACAGGAAGAAAUUAGUUUUGGCCAUUAAAUCAAUAAAUGCAAAACAAGAUGAGAAGUCUGCACAACUCGAUCAUAUCUGGGUGACACGAUGGCUUGAUGAUAUUGGUUUACCUCAGUACAAAGACCAGUUUCAUGAAUCCAGAGUUGAUGGGAGAAUGUUGCAGUACUUAACUGUGAAUGACCUUCUCUUUCUGAAAGUCACCAGUCAGCUGCAUCAUCUGAGUAUUAAGUGUGCCAUACAUGUGCUGCACGUCAACAGUUUUAACCCCCACUGUCUACGCAGGAGACCAGUUGAGGAGAAUAACGUUUCACCUUCUGAAGUAGUUCAGUGGUCCAAUCACAGAGUGAUGGAAUGGCUCAGAUCAGUCGAUCUGGCAGAAUACGCACCAAACCUUCGAGGAAGCGGAGUGCAUGGUGGCCUGAUUAUUCUCGAACCUCGCUUCAAUGGUGACACGCUGGCAAUGCUGCUGAAUAUUCCACCUCAAAAGACCCUACUGCGACGCCACCUAACCACCAAUUUUAAUGUAUUAAUUGGACCAGAGGCACAACAAGAAAAAAGAGAAAUAACAGAGUCAACAGCAUACACACCUCUGACCACCACCGCCAAAGUUCGGCCAAAGAAACUUGGAUUUUCACAUUUUGGAAACUUAAGAAAAAAGAAAUUUGAUGAAUCAACAGACUACAUUUGUCCUAUGGAUACAAACCCAGCUGCUACAAAUGGUACUCAGAAAAACUACAGUGGAUACAAAGGACUUAGUCCAUUCACUGAUAGGGAACUGGAUCAGAUGGAACAUUCAGAAGGAACAGUAAUGCAAAUAGGGGCUCUUUCUCAAGGCAUAAGCCAUCUUACGACAAUGUUAAGCCAAGAUGAAAUGCUGAAUGACAGCAGAUUUUUAACACCUACCUUUGAAGACUGGAGAUGAUGUUUCAACAUAACCAAGAACACUAAUAAUACCUCAUGCCUGUCCAGAGGGGUGGCCAGGAGAAGCUUGAUGCUGUGGUACAGAAAAGCUUUACCUCUUUUCUGCCAAUGAGACUUACCACAUAGCAUUUAAUAUUGUCAAUGUAGCAACGCAUUACAGGUAACGCUGCUCUGCCCUAUUUUCCAUAUUAUGUAACAUGAAAUAGGUGUUGAGAGAGAAAUGGUAUUCAUAUCCAGAGUCUGGAAAGCCAAGACUAGCAACAUUUUACUCACGUUUUAUUCAGUCGUCUUUUACAUGGUAUGUUUACAUACUGUUAUAUAAAAGAUCUUUUGUAAUUUUUUAUUUUUAUAAUUAACUUGUAAUGCAGGAAUCAUUUAUACUCUUAUUGUACCGUGUGGACUAAUCAGAGCCACCUAGAAACUCAGAUGGAUGCUGGUGGGUGCAGCAGUAAUGGCUCAGUAACUACUACUGCAGCCUUGCCAGAGACUGUUUCCCAUAAAAGGAUUUUAAUCUCUCGCCCCUUUCAUUAGCAUGUCCUGCCCUCUUUUUAUCCAAGUGUGUGCAGUGUAGAAUGGGAAGAAUGGAACAUAAUACUAUCCAUCAAGCCCCUGCUUUUAUCAGGAGGAUGACAAGAUGGCACAUUCACAAAUCCUUACCCGACUCAAAAAGUUGCUGAACUACUACAAGAGGAAAUGUAACUUUGAGACUACCAGGAAAACUGAUGGACUCAAAAACUGGUGCUUCAUUUGAAGUGAUUUUUUUUUUUAUCAUGUGAUAUUUACAUGUGCACUAAGAUGUUUGCUAUCAAGGAGAAAUCACAACAUUUAACUAAUGUAAAAUGUAACUUCAAGAAUGGUGUUUGCUGUGCUCCGUAGGGUAAGGGCAACAAUUUCCGGCAUGAUCCGUUGUUUGGUUUUUAAUGACAGUUCUUUAACUAGAACUAUUGAACGGGCUCUUUCUGUACAUUGACAUUUUGUCUAAAAUGGCUAGUACUGACACACAUGUGCAAGCAUCAGCAUGCUCAUAAGCCUUCUGAAUAAUCAAAAUGGUUCAGACGAAGUUUUCUGAGCCCCAUACCUGGUUGGUCUGAAACAUAGUACUGGCUCUCAGGAAGACAGGGAUGGUAACAAGCCUAUUUUCUUUCCAUAGUUACACCUAAUUAAACAUAUGGCUGCAAACAGCUGUGGGAACUGGAGCUUACAGUAGAAACACUUUUGUAACAUUUGCAUGAGAACUGGUGAUGUUGUAAACAAUAUUGCUGUUCACUUUCAGUUCUCUUUUCAUUCCAGCUACAGACAGAUUUUCAUAGAAUACUUUAAUGCUUGUCUCCUGUUGCUAAAUACUGCUCUGCAAUGUAUAAAAAGUGACAAAGGAGCAUCAGGCAAGUAUCAUAAUAAAUAGAUCUGUUGCUAUUCUACUGAGCUAGGCAGGCCUGCAGCACUGUAACAGAGGCAAAUAUGGCCUCUCACUACUUACUUGAGGGGCUGUUCGAGGGUGAAAUUGUCUCCUUUACAGCAGCAAUAACUUGUGGCAUCUGUUGACAGGUGCCUCAUGAAUUAAUAAGGUAUUAACAAGAUGAUAGAUGAAACAUCAGAAAAGAAAAAUGCUCAAUUGUAAAGAAAAGACUUAGUAUGUAUAUGGAUGGUUUGCAUUACUCUCUCCUUGCUGGCUGCAGGGUGUUGGUUUACAUUAAUAUAGCCUGAGGGCAGGUCACUCCCAGCCACAACGCUCCCAAAUAAAGGGGAAAUCUUUGGUACUGUCCCGAGUAUGCAGCAAGGGCUCUUCAAGAGCUAUCAGUGGCACUUUUUAAAGGUGACCUAUUCUAGUCCUGACUCCAUGAGCCUCUCAUGACAGACCCUGCACUGUACGGUCAGAUCUUGGAAGCUAAACACGAUUUUAUUGUCCAAAACUGUAAAACUAAGACAAUUUUUUUUCAAUCACUGAACAAUGAAAUGAUAAUGGAAAAUCCAAAGGAAUGAGAAAUCAGUCUACACAUCAGCAAACUAAAAAUGCUUAAUAAAAGGUAAUAAAUGUACUAGUCAAGUACAUCUCCAAUCUGGCAAUGCAAUCAACACUAGUGACCAGAUUAUGUACUAUGGGCAUCUGAAAUACUUUGUCAGGUUAAUUAGCCAGCAGACUGAUUACAGUACCACAAAUAGGAUAAGCUGCUCCAACAGAAGCAGCUUUAAUAUCACUGUGAUAUUCCAAGCAGAUUUUCAGAUUUCUUUUGAUGAUGUAUUUGUAACUCAGUGUGUUGUUGUGCUAACUUGGCUGUGAAUAGUCAAUCUACAAAAUUAUUGAUUUUUUUAAUAUAUAUAUAUAGUAAGAAAUCCUAAUUAGCAUAACACUGGCAUAAAUGCUUAUUUCUUGACUGUUAUGAAUAAAUUCUGAAUGUUCCUCCAUCUCUUGCUGACUGUGGAAUGAUUCUAACGUAAUUACAUGUGGUUGAUCUCUCAUCAGGGACAGAA